AAAGAUGAUUUGCGAAUGCGGCGCUCGCGCUCUGCGUCUAGCUGCCUCUGUCUCACCGGUCUAGACUCGCGUCAGUCACGCCCGUGGGCUAGCUCUCGAGACGGGAUCGGGAGAGGUUUGGGCAGAACCUUAUCAAUUAUACAAAGGAGGAUGGGAUUCCGGCGGAGUGAGUACGAUCGGCAAUACAGAGAGCCAGGCUGGGAUACAUACCAGGACUACUACAAACAACAGGUCUUGUACAGGGCUUACCGCAGACGGCUGGAAAGCCACCACAACUUUGUAGAGUGGGACUGGGAGACAGAGAGCGAAUCAGGAGGAGUUAGAGGUGACAGAGCGGCCGAUAGACCAGAGCAGGUUCAAGCUGCAGGCACAAACCUAGAGGACCAUUGGACCAGGCCUGUGAAUGAAGGGGAAGCUAUUGCUGCUAGGGGACUAUCAGACAGGGAAGUGCAGACACCGGAUUGGGGUGAUGAGAAGACCAAGAAGAGGAGGAGAAGUGAAUCCGCUAGAGGCCUCUCAAAAGGAGAAAGAAAGGUACCUGAGACUACACCCAGAGCCAAGACAAGUCUAGAGAGAGUCAGGGGAGGAGGAGGAGCAGAAGGGAUUAGACCACCCUUACUUGCCUUUGGCUGGGCUGAUAGGGAGAAGGACGUAGGAUGUAAGCAGACGUUUAAUGUGAGAGCAUCAGCACAUGGAGAUAACACCCAGGUUUUCCCAGCGGCUCUUCGUGCGAUGAGGAGAAAUCAGUAUGCCAUCGAGUAUCGUGAGGAGCAGAAGAGACGAGAGAAUCUGAAGACGAGACGGCUGCGUGCUGCGUUCAACGUUCCGCCUCCCGACGAUACACUAUGGAUGACAGAAUACCAGAGAAACUAUACUGGCCAGUCUCAAACAACAAGGAGAUCAGCCAGGAGAUGAUCUUAUGGGAUUAGUUAAUCUUGAAAGAUACAAAGUUUUACAGAGUAAAACUAACAGGUUUAGUUAAAAAAAUACAAUUAUGGCAAGAUUAAUUUAACGCAAGUUAUCUGGAGGAAAUUCUCAAGGUAAAUCUACAUGAACCUGUAAUAUCAUCAGGCAAAUUAUAGCAUUUGCAUAUGAUCAGUUAUGUUGUAUAACUUGAAAGAGUUUUUAACUUGUAUACAUUGGAGAUAAAAGCAGCUUCAAUGCAGCAGUAUAAAAAUGUGAUGAUCUACAAGGAAAUAUUUAGCCAUGCUUCAGCAAUUCAGAUGGCGUCUUGUGUAUGGUGAGACUCAACUCAAGUUGUUAUAGUCCUGUAAAUUAUGAUUACAAGAAAAUUGACAAGCCACUUUGCACAAAGCUAAAUCCUUCACAAUAUUCAUUCUUUUGUGAGGGAAUGAUGAACAAUAAUGUUGGGGUUUUGAGACAUUUAUAAAUCUCUUAAUUUUUCAAUCAUGCAAACUGAAACAGCACCUAAAUGUAUGUGAUUAUAUUUGUUCAACCCAGUUUUCAUGAACAAAAAUAAGAAAUGGAAGAUCUGAUAAACUGUUGGUUGUAAUAAUGCACAAAUAAGCAAUCUUGUUGUCAGGACACAGUCAAUCUACAAAAUAAUAAAGUUUCCUAAAACUUGUGGGUCAUGAAGCGUUUUUAUAAACAGGUCAGUCUUGUUGAUUGCAGGAGUUUAUGAUUGCCAUGGAUAUGUUAGGUUUCUCUUCCUCUCUGUAACAAUAAUUGUGCAUACAAGUAAGUGCAUGCAAAGUGUCUUCUGCUGUUUCUAUAUUGCAGCUUCUCUUUCAAAAAUUGUUCACUAUGUAGAAUGGUAAGAUAAAUAUGCCUUAUCAAUCGCAGCUGUAUCAUAGCUUCAUAUUAUAGCAAAGUAUAUAUUUUAUCAAAGUUGAAAUUUGUUAUUGAAAUAAAUGUAAUGUUGGUAUAUAUACAUUGUGUAUGUAUCAUUGUACAGAUAAACAUAGUGCCUGAUAUUAGAAACUAAUCACAUGCACCUAGGCUUAAACCCUGUAUGUUCCACUCUGCACUGAUGGACAGGUAGUAUGCAUUAAAGGGAUGUUCAAAGCACUAUCUUGCCUGUAUGAUUGUUAUUUAAUUUCUUUCAUUGUUUAUAAUGACCAAGAUGACUAGGAUGUUGAUGAAUGGUCGUUAAGAGAGUCAUUUUGCCAGGAAAACAAGUUUUUGAAACAGUAAGAGGAAUGAAAUUAGAAUGGUAGAGUUUACGUAUAACUUAUAGAAGUGUUUUGUAAACCGUUUAAAAAAAAGGCUAACCAAAAUGAUGAACAGCCAGUUUUAAAAAGAACGAACAUUCGGGUUCAUACUGUCGGGUUUCAAAAUAUUUGUUUAUGUGGAUAAAAUUGUACACUUUUAAAUUGAAAAUUGAUUGAAUACGAUUACUGCACUUUAAAAAAAAAUAUGGAGAAUAACCCUAUUCACUCUAGUUGUGAUACAGAAAACCUGCUGUAGCAACCACCUGUCUGUAAAGACCACAUUUUAAGAUUCCUUAGAGCAGUGUUCCCAAACCUGUAUAUAAAGAUCACCUGCCUCUAUAGAGCAUUUUUUCUUGUCUCCCGUGAGUGGUCUUUAUGUUUAGGUUUCACUCUUAUUUAUUAUUUGUUAGAUGUCACAAUUUGCAUAGAACAAACGUGAGAGCAUUAAAACAUGCAUCUACGUGUACAUUGACUUAUUACAUCUCAAAAAACUUGAGGCCUGGCAAUUCAAAUUUUGUAGGGAUGUUACAUUGAACAAAAUACAAAUACUGGUAUGGUAUAUUUAUUCACUUUGCUAGGGAGAUUUUAAUUAAAACGGGGAGAAUAAAUGGUAUUGUUGACUUCAUUGCUGAAUUAUCAUUCUGUUGAAGAUAUUCCUUUUUGCGAUCUCUAUGAUACUUGAUAACAUACCGGUAUUUCUAGCCAUGGGCGAUGAAGGUGUUAAAGAAAUAGUAAUUUUUGUUGAAUGAUCUUUGGUCAACAGUGUACAAUAUUAUGAAUUACAACUCCUUUGGAUUACUGCUGCACAUGUAUUUAUUCAUUUGUUAUAAUUUUUUCAGAAGGGUAAUGUCCCAUCAGUGUGUAUAAAACAGGAGCUUAGAUUAAAAAUUUCCAGAGAUUAAAAUUUAGAUGUAGAUGAUUGGCAAAAAUACUCUACUAGAAUCAAGUAUUUAUUAGGAAUGGAAUCCUGACAAAAUAAACAAGAUUAAUCGGACUAGGAGUUAGGUGCUAGUAAAAUGUGCAGGAAAUGGGUUUCAAGAAAUAAAUGGUCUUGUAACAAGCAUGGGAAUACAGUACUUGGGGGGAAAUAAUGAAACUGGAAAGAAAAAUGUAUGCGAUAUAUACAUAUAUAUAUAUAUAUAUAUGUAUGUCGAAAGUGCUACGAUAUACAUGUAAUGUUAUGUACUACAGGAAUGAAAUUGUAAUUAAAGAGCAGCAUCCAAGGCUGGAAACGGUAAACAA